AUGGAAAACCAAUGGGAAACUUUCCUAGAUCUCCAGAAUGGAAAUGAAUUUCAAAAGUUAAACCACACUCUUAUUUUCUGCUCUCCAAACAAAAAGUCGUUAUCAAAAAUAAAGAAAUUACUUUUCGAAAAGGAUGGUGGGGUAAACGAUGACUUUGAGCUGAUAACCUUCUUCAAUGUUAGUUUAAAAUCGAUCAUGUCUAAUAAAUCGGGUUCUUUGGAUGUUUAUAUGCUAUAUACUCCCACAGAUCUUGAAACAAUUGACCUGAUGAAUACCUUUACUAAAGGAAUUUGCUCUACUUCAAGAAAGCUUAUUCAUUGGAUUUUUGUUCUCGAUUGGGAAGUUCCAAAUCAAAAAUCAUGGCUACGAUAUCUCAUCAACUCCUUUACAACUUUGCAGAAGUUAGAGACAGAACACAGCAAGACUGAUCGAGCCGUUUGGUGUAUAAAUUCUGAAUUUAUUAGGACUUUGUUCAGAAGUACGACUUUAUGGCACAGUCAUCAUGUAGACUUUAUUCAGCAAACAUUAAGAUCGUUCUGCAUCCGCAAGCAUUCCUCCUUGGCAUAUAUAGAUAACAACUCCAAAAAGUUUUCCAUAAAAGCAAUUCUAAAAGAUAUACUACAAGAUGAUGACAUUUCGCCAGUAGAGAUGGUGGAUCAAACGAAUAUACUAAUACCAUUUGGAGCAGACUCAGAUUCCUUAAUAAAAACACUAGAUGACGCUUUUGAUCCCACUAGUAUCCUGGAAUCCGAAUUUAUCAGUAAUUUUGAAACAACGAUACCCGCGUACCCAAGGUCCAGAUUGCAAGACAACUCACAGGAUGCCAAUAAUGAUGAGUCAAGCUUCUAUAGUAUUGAUCUACAGGAACGUUUAUCUAAAAUAUAUCAAGCGUAUAAAACUUGA